UCUAUCCUUGACUAAUCGUCCAUCGAAAACAUCACUUCCGUUUGGAUGUUGGCUUUUCUUGCUAUCUGCUUCUGAAUUUGGCGACAAUGUUUCGCCUUUAACAAAACAUUAUUAUUGCUUGGGUAGGGUUCAUUUAUGAGAUAUCCCCUUUUCCUCGCUUGCUGAUGAGCUGGCAGCUGAUACAAACACCCCAUGAGGCGAGCUGAAGGGUCGGACACGGAGGAUAAUAUGGACAGUCGGGCAGAGUCUGAGAAAAUCGGGGUGACCAUGUCAGGCCACAGCGGGCAGGGGCCUCAGCCAUCCAGGACCUCCAAACACCGGGAGCGUCGGUCCAAGUCGCCGAGGAGACGGCGAGAGGGGAAGAGGUCACAGCCACGUGGGGGCGAACAGUCACAACCGUCGCUCCAGGAGACUGGGUAUCGGAGGUUACCCGGGCAACGAGAGCAGUCGGCCCAGACCAGCACCGCAACAGAGCCGGCAGACGAUGGCUCUCCCAAGAGGAGAGCCCAUUUUCUCCAUGGACCAUACCCUGCCACCCACUUUGGACCCAAAGCCUGUAUUCUACCCAAUCCCACUUCAGUCAUGCACAUCCAGGACCCGGCGAGCCAGAAGCUCACCUGGACCAACCCCCCGUCCAACGUGCUGGUCAUCAGGAAGAUCCAUGACGAGAGCCUGGUGGAGCCCUUCAAGGAACUCUGCCGCUACCUCGUGGAGGAGAAGCAGCUGAUGGUGUAUGUGGAGCGCAGAGUGGUUGAGGACGGCACCCUUAAAGACGACGAGCUGUUUGGAUCCAUCUGUAACCAACUCUGUACCUUCAGAGAAGGUUUCGACGACAUCUCGGACUGCAUUGACCUCAUCAUCUGCCUGGGCGGAGACGGCACUCUGCUCUACGCGUCCUCUCUGUUCCAGGGCAGCGUCCCUCCAGUCAUGGCCUUCCAUCUGGGCUCGCUGGGAUUUCUCACACCCUUCAAGUUUGAGUCUUACAAGACGGAGGUGGCCAAAGUGUUGGAAGGCAACGCGGCCAUCACCCUGCGCAGCCGGCUGAAGGUGAAGGUGGUGAAGGCUGCAGUGCAGCAGCCCCAUGAGGAAGAGGAGGAGGGGGAGGGGGGAGGAGGGGGGGCAGCAGCAGACGCCGGCAAGGUCACCCUGCAGCUUCAGGUGUUAAACGAGGUGGUGGUGGACAGGGGCCCGUCCUCCUACCUGUCCAACGUGGACCUGUACCUGAACGGGCGUCUCAUCACGUCGGUGCAGGGCGACGGUGAGGGAGCGGCCACGACACGGGCCGUCCCCUCCGACUCCUCGGACACAGAGAACUGA